UUUGGUAAGGACAAUGAGUCGUCUUCAAUAUUUGCUAGGUCUUCAUGGAGGGAAAUUAUUAUUCUUUAUAAGAAAUCAAAGAUUGAAUCAGCAACGACUAUAUUCAACAAAAGAAUUAAAGUUUGGACAAGAUAUACGAUCAUCAAUUUUAAAUGGAGUAGAAGUCUUAGCAAAAGCUGUUUCAGUUACAUUAGGACCAAAAGGACGAAAUGUUCUUAUUGAACAAAGUUUUGGAAGCCCCAAAAUUACAAAAGAUGGGGUUACAGUCGCAAAAAGUAUUGUAUUAAAAGAUAAAUUUGAAAAUCUUGGUGCACGUCUUGUUCAAGAUGUAGCAAAUAAAACAAAUGAAACAGCAGGAGAUGGAACAACGACAGCAACAGUAUUGGCUCGUGCGAUUCUUUCAGAGUCAGUUAAGAAUGUUGCAGCUGGUUGUAAUCCUAUGGAUCUUCGUCGAGGAGCUCAAAAGGCAGUUGAUGAAGUAGUAAAAUUUUUGCAGAAAAAUAAACGAGAUAUUACAACAUCAGAAGAAAUUGCUCAAGUUGCGACGAUAUCAGCAAAUGGAGACAAACAUAUUGGACGCUUAAUUUCUAAUGCAAUGGAGAAGGUUGGCAAAGAGGGAGUAAUUACAGUAAAGGAGGGAAAAACUAUUGACGAUGAACUUGAGAUUACAGAAGGCAUGCGUUUUGAUAGGGGAUAUAUAUCUCCUUAUUUUAUUACUGAUGUUAAGACUCAAAAAUGCGAGUUUGAAAAGCCUUUGAUUCUUCUUUCCGAGAAAAAAAUAUCAGCAUUACAAGAUAUUUUGCCAUCUCUUGAAAUUGCAGUAAAUCAAAGACGACCUUUGGUUAUUAUAGCCGAAGAUGUUGAAGGGGAAGCACUUGCUGCAUGUAUUUUAAAUAAGCUCCGCGGACAACUUCAAAUUGCAGCUGUUAAAGCACCUGGUUUUGGCGAUAACAGGAAAUCUAUAUUAGGGGAUAUUGGUAUCCUUACAGGUGGUCAGGUGUUUACAGAUGAGCUGGAUAUGAAAUUGGAACGAGUUACACCUGAAUUAUUGGGUUCUACAGGAAGUGUUACAAUUACAAAGGAAGAUAUUAUUCUAUUGAAUGGUGAUGGACAAAAGGAUAUGAUUUCCCAAAGAUGCGAACAGAUCAGACUUGCCAUUAAUGAUCCUAGUACAUCUGAAUAUGAAAAAGAAAAGCUUCAGGAACGUCUUGCCAAACUUAGCGGAGGUGUUGCUGUCAUUCGUGUUGGUGGUGCUAGUGAGGUCGAAGUUGGUGAAAAAAAGGAUCGAUUUGUUGACGCUUUGAAUGCUACUCGUGCUGCUGUUGAAGAAGGCAUUUUGCCUGGUGGUGGCACAGCUAUUCUUAAGGCUGUAUCUGUUUUAAAUGUGGUUGCUGAAAAAAUGGAUUCGUUUGAUGAAAAAUUAGGAGUAAAGACGAUUCAGAAUGCUAUUCAGCAACCUACACGACUUAUUGUACAAAAUACCGGAGUUGAAGAUGGCUCUGUUAUUAUUAAUCGACUUACUCAGGAAUAUGGUGAUCAAUUUUUGAUGGGAUAUGAUGCAGUUACAGGUAAAAUUUGUAAUAUGGUUUCAGCCGGUGUGGUCGAUCCUUUGAAAGUUGUAAAAACAGCCUUAGUAGAUGCUUUUAGCGUUGCUAGUCUUAUGGCUACUUCAGAAUGUGCAAUUGUAGAUGCACCCGAGCCACCUAGUCCUCCUGGAGGACCAGGUAAUAUGGGUGGUAUGGGAGGUAUGGGUAAUAUGGGAGGUAUGGGAGGUUUUUAA